AUGUCGAGUUCAGGAUCGGGCCAUUCGACUCAUCCACAGAGUGAUAGUGCUCAGUCAUCCUCACUAGCAUCUGCAUCUGCAACUCAUCAUUCAUCCUCCAGAAAACGUAAUUCACCAAAUACAGGUGCGGCUCGUAAAGAAACUCAAGCAACACAGUCAAUCGCCGCAGUGGGAUCAACCUCAUCGAAACUUCGCAAACUCGCACACUCAUCUGCAAAUCAGAUAAGAAAAGACAUGAUUGUUGAUGCCGAUUAUUCGAGUAAUAUCAUUCAGUAUCUCAUCGGUCUUCGCAGUAAACUUUUCUAG